UCGGACGGCAGGGGCCGGGGCUUCCCCGGGCAGCUCAGCGCCGUGAGAAUAAGUCCUCCAGCGCCCGGGUUUGUUGCAGCCCGGGUUGGGUAUGGGGAAGGACACAGGAAGGGGAUGGAGCAGCUGAGAGUGGCUGUAGCUAGGUGCUGGCUGGGAGGAGGAGGAGGAGAGACAGGAAGGGGGGAUAAUACAGAACAGAGGGAUCCCCCUAGCCCGUGGUGGGGCUGCCCCUCUUUCAUUACAGCUGCAAAGAAAUCCAGCUGCCUCCAUUGUGAGCCGGGAAGCUGGGCUGUGCCGGGGACGUGGGAUCUUGCCAGCCAGGGACUUUCUCAUUGUUGCAAUUGUUCGCCCUGGCGUCCUAGGGCAGCCCCGGGCUCUGCCGACACCAGCUCCCACCGGAGCCUGCAGGGGCUGGUGGCCUUUGAUGUCUGUGUAUCUUACCAUGGAUCAAUGGGCUGCUGUGGAUCCUGAUCAGAAACCUUUGUGCAGAGGUGGCAUACAGGAGAACGAUGAUCCCCUGGUGACUCUGACCGGGGACAGGGCAGCAAGUGAGACCGAGGAGGAGAAUCCUGGGGAGGAAGGCCCCGAGAUCGUGGAACUGGAUCCAGCGUUGCUGGGCAGGCCGGAGGGGGCUGGGGCCAGGAGCCUGGAGGAGCAGGGCCCGGCCUGCGAGAGCCUGCGCUGGACGGUGGUGCAGCAGAUCGACUCUCCCGGAAAGCCGAUGCAGCGGCGGGGCAAGUCAGCUGGUGCCGGCUUCCAGAACUUCAAGAGCAUCAUUGUGCUGCAGAAAAGCUACGAGUGUGGUGAGUGCGGCAAGACCUUCAGCUGCAGCUCGCACUUCAGCAAGCACCGGCGCACCCACACCGGCGAGAAGCCCUUCCGUUGCCUGCACUGCGGGAAGAGCUUCAACGUCAGCUCCAACCUCUACCGCCACCAGCGGGCCCACGCCGCCGAACGGGCCUGCCCACGCCCCGAGAGCUCCCCACCACCGGUGCCAGCCAGCGCCCCUGCCCCCGCCACCCCUCGGCCCCGGGGGCUGCCCUAUAAGUGCGAGGAGUGUGGCAAGAGUUUCCGGCGCAACACGGAACUGGUGACCCACCAGCGGCUGCACACGGGGCGCCUGCCCUUCCAGUGCUCCCACUGCGGGAAGAGCUUCUCCUGGAGCUCCCACUUCGACCGGCACCAGCGCAUCCACACCGGUGAGAAGCCCUACCAGUGCCCCGAGUGCGGGAAGUGCUUCAGCCGCAGCUCCCACCUCUACCGGCACCAGCGCACCCACGCCGGGGGCCGCUCCUACAUCUGCACCUACUGCGGGCGCAGCUUCAACAGCACCCUGCACUUCGACCGGCAUCAGCGCACCCACACUGGCCUGCGCCCCUACAAAUGCACCCUGUGCGGCAAGGGCUUUGGUGAUGGGCUGGCCCUGGUCAAGCACCAGCGCCUGCAUCUGGGGGACGGGCCCUUCCACUGUGAAGAGUGCGGCAAGAGCUUUGGGGCAAGGGCGCAGUAUGCCCGGCACCGGCGCAGCCUGCACGGCACUGCCACCGGCAGCACCGGUGGCGAGAAGCCCUACCGCUGCAGCGACUGUGGCAAGAGCUUCUCCUGGAGCUCCCACUGGGAGCGGCACCAGCGUAUCCACACCGGGGAGCGCCCCUACCAGUGCAGUGACUGCGGCAAGCGCUUUGGCCGCACCUCCCACCUCUACCGGCAUCAGCGCACCCAUGCCGGUGGCCAGCCCCAUGUCUGUGCUGACUGCGGCAAGAGCUUCAACAGCACGCUGCACUUCCACAAGCACCGGCGGGCCCACGCUGGUGAAGCCCCCUGCCACGCCUGUCCCGACUGCGGCAAGACCUUCGCCGACGGCUCUGCUCUGGCCAAGCACCGACGCACCCACACCGGAGAGCGGCCCUUCCCUUGCCCCCAGUGUGGCCGGCGCUUCAGUGUCAGCUCCCACCUGUACCGCCACCUGAGGAGUCAUGCUGAGGAGAAGCCACUGGAGGAGAUCACGUCCUACUAGAGAUCAGCUCCUCUUCCCCCUUUGUCUGGGAGAGGAAUCCCCCCAUGCUGGAGGUUCAGCUCACCGGGACCUGGCCGCCCCUCUCUGGGCACGGGAGUGAACUCCAUGCGCUACCAGCCAGAUUGUUAGUGGUGCUUACCUCACAGGGACCUGGCCAUGGGGAUUGCUGACCCUCAGGGGUAGGUGAGACCUCUAGGAGAGCAGCGGGCAGCCCCAUUGUGGGCACCUUGGGGCUACAGGGACGGGCGCAGUGUAAGGUCCCAAUCUGGAGCCCCUUGAAGGGCUCCACAUCGAUGGUGUCUGGAUCAGGCCCUGAGGAUAUAGGUAGAUUAGGUAGGUAGGGUAGGUAGGAGGUAGAGCAGAGUGGUGGCAGUGCUAGGGGGCUGGGCGGGAUGGAAAUAAGAGAGGGAAAUGGUGUGGGAUUGAGGGUGUAUUAACCUCUCGCUCACUCUGGUGUAAAUCAGGAGUAACCUCACUGGAGUCAUUGGGGCUGAUUCCCCUCCCCCUGGUGUAAAUCAGGAAUAACCCCACCGGAGUCACUGGGGCUAAUUUCCCCUCUCACUCACCCCAGUGUAAAUCUGGAGUAACUGCAUUGGGGUCACAGGGACUGGUUCUCCUCCCCUCACCCUGGUGUAAAUCAGGUGUAGACCCACUGGAGUCCCUGAGGCCAAUUCCCCUCUUGCUCACCCCAGUAUAAAUCAGGAGUAGCCCCACUGGGGUCACUGUGGCUGAUUCCCCUCUCACUCGCCCCAGUAUAAAUCAGGAGUAGCCCCACUGGGGUCACUGGGGCUGAUUCCCCUCGCUCAGCCCGGUGUAAACCAGGAGUAACCCCACUGGGGUCAGUGCAGUUACAGGAGUGUGAGGCGGAUCAGGCACUGAGCACCUGCAGGCUGGGGCGAAUGAGUGAUCAGAGCUGGGGCGGGAGAUAGUAUCUGGGGAUCAGGUAGGUGGGGCGGGAGAUGGCAAGAAAGAUGGGAGCCAGAGGGGGAGGGGAAAUGAAGUGUUUGGGGAUCAGGGUGGCUGUGUGGUGGGCACAAGAGAGGGCUGUGGCAGAUGGAGGACUGGCAUGUCUCUGGACUGGGCUGGUGGCGCAGACAAUGGCACUGCUAGGGGUCUCCAAGCUGAGGAGGACGGGACCAAGUUUACUGCCACUCCUUUUCUGGGUUUCCAUGCCCUAUCCCCUGCCUCCUGAUCAACAGGACCCAGGAGGAGAAGAAACCAUGCCACAUGGAACCCCCUGCAAGCCAUCCCAUCCAGGAGGGGAAAUGCAGGGGACUCAGCAUGGAGAGAGCCUGGAAGAGGGAGAGAGCUUGGUGUGUAAUGCGCCUGACUCCAGCAGGAGUGAGACAGAAAACCUUAGAGUAGCAUGUGAUUAACUUGCAGAGUUCACAGCUACAGGAGAUGACUGGGGCAAACAGCUCAGCAAAGCCUCUGCCAGCUCCAUGGAGCAGUCUGGGGCUGUUGACUUCCUGCGUGUGUGAAAAUCUCCUUUAGACACAAGCCCCCCAAGUCCCGAUCCUAAUUCAGAGCAUGAGGAACAAGAACCUGCUCUCCCCUGGUCUAGGGAUAUGGAGGGGGCGAGUUUCUGUAAAGGAAGGAAGCUAAUCACUCCUGAAAUAAGCUAUCCAAAUGGGGGCUCAGAAAGUCGUGAGCUUCAUCAGCUACACUCGUUGGAAGGAUCUGGGAGGUAUUUACAUACCAGGAAAUCUGUUGUUGUUAGAGGUCAGAUUCUUUGCUGGUGUCAGUUGGCAUCCAGGGACAUCUUCCCAUUUAUCCCAGGUGAUAAGUUAACCCUUUCUCUACAGUAGGCUCGGGCCUUGUCUACACAUCAAAGUUGACUUGCUUUAUAACUCGAUGGGUACAGUUAAAGCAGUACAAUCCUCACCCCUUGGAUGUAACCCAAAGGGAUGUAACCUCCCUGCAGAUUGAGCGCUACUCAAAUUAAUUUAUAGCUAGAUCCUCAGGAUGGUCUGGCUGGAUGGUCAGUGUACACUGGUGAGCUUAUCAAAGUCUUUGACGACCAUGUGAUCGCUGGCUGUGUAGCAGUGUUCCUUGGUAACUGUACUUUGUAAUUCAUUAUUACUCCUGAGGGCAUUCUGUGCCAAAAAAAAAAAAAAUCUGCACCAAAAAAAAUUAAAACUCUGUGCACAAUAUUUUAAAAUUCUGCAAAUUUUAUUUGUCAGAUAAAUGUAGAGGCUCCAGCAUGGCGUUGGGGAGCACCGGCCACUGGCUGCACAGAGGUGGGAAAUCACUGUGCAGCUCCCUCCCAAGACACAGACUCAGCGGUCAGGCUGCACCCAACCCUGACACAGCGCAAGGACAGGGCCUGCCCCAGAAACACCCCAUGGCCCUGCCCCUCUUUGCCAGAUGUACCAGUACCAAGAAAGCCACCAAAACUGAACCAGGACUGAUGGAAGCAGUUGCUGGGUUUGGCUACAAAUAUCCUCAUUGCUGAUCGUCUCAACACUUGAGAUGGAGCAGUUGGCGAAGAUCAUGUGAGUUGUAUUGGAACAAAGGUGCCCUCUCUCAGUAUAACUGUUCCCAUAAAGGAAGGGGAAUAAACUUUACUAUCAUAAGACAUCUUUAUGCCGAUAUAACUUCCUCCGCACUAGGGGUUGUUCCCACUGUACUAUUCUGAUGGAAAAUCAAACCCCUAUCCCAUAUAGCUAAUCUAGUCCAAAAACUGUGUGUAGACAAAGCCUGAAAAUGUCCCACCGCUUCUACCACUGGUUCUGCUUUUCUGUUGGUGUGAGCAGUGGGAGCCCUAAUGUAGACAGUGCUUGUGGCUACCAGCAUGUUAAGCACUGUUCUGUGUAAGCCAGUUCUGUGCAUGUCAACACAGUGCUUCAAAUGCUGGUCUGUUCCUGGAGCCCUGCCUAAAGUAGCACUCACCCCGUUGUUACCACAGGUGGAGCUGAACUGGCUCUCAAUAGUGGGAAAUGUUGGACAACAAAGCCUAUGUCCUUCAUGGAGGCAGCAGCCCUUUCACACGAGGCCGGUUGGGAAGCCCCAGAUUGGGUGACCCUAGCUGGGCAUUGGCUUUGGCUGGACGCUUGGUCACCUGGCUGGGUUGGAGCGACACAUGCUACUGAGCGAUGGCCCAAGCAGAAAAGGGCUAUUGACUGGAGUUAAAGGUGACCUGCAAAGGGAUUUUGCUUUCUUUUAUGCUUGUUUUUUAUAUUACAAAUUCUUGUCUUUUUUACCCUGAAAGACUCUACAGUGCCUGGGGAACCAGUGAAGAGAGAACAUCCCAAGAAAAUGGAAAUUGAGCAAUUGGAAAGAGAAGGGAUUUUUGAUCAACCUAUUGUAAAACUUUCUUUUUUCAUUAAUAACUGUUUCACUCCAGUACCCAUACAACACCUGUAUUGAUGUUAACGAUUAUGGGCAAGCUUUUCAAAUGGGGCUGCCUAACAGUGGGUUCCUCUGUACAUAUUUAGGCACCUAAAUAAUUAUAUUAUUUAAUAAUGUAAUUUUUAGGUGCCUAAAUGUGAAUUCCGGAGCCCAGCUUUAGGCAUCUCAGCUCAGAAAUGUUGCAAUGAAGACUCGCUGUCGAUAUCUCCAAGGCCCCAACAAGACAUCCAGCCUAGCCAGGGGAGAUGUGGCUUGACAUGCCUGACAUUUCAGAGGUAAAAAACAAGCAGCCAAAAAGAAAGAUGUACACUUCUACCUCGAUAUAACGCGACCUCAUAUAACACUAAUUUGGAUAUAACACGGUAAAGCAGCGCUCUGGGAGGGGGCUGCGCACUCCGGUGGAUCAAAGCAAGUUCGAUAUAAUGCAAUUUCACCUAUAACGCGGUUGGAUUUUUUUGCUCCCGAGGACAAUGUUCUAUCGAGGUAGAGGUGUAGUUACAAAAAAUACAAUCUUUCCAGCCUUUGCUCUACGUCACCAGGAAACGACGACACAGGGCUGGUUUUGUUUUCCAAUCCACUGCAGGUCUCCUUUCAGCCAUAGAAUCCCAGCUCCGGAGCAAGGAGCCCAGGCAGAGAAGUAGUUUGGCAUGGGGGCUUGAACCCUGAGCCCGUUAGCUAGAGUUCUGAGAAUGAUGUUCACUUGACAUAAGCUCCACUGCCAUCCUUGCUGUCCGGUACAUCUCUGGUCAAGGGGAGCUGGGACUGUGUGUGUAUUGUGAAUAAAAUAGACUA